CAAUGUUAAAGGCAUCUUUUCCUCUCUUGCAGAUACCACCGCCACCUCCACGUCCUGACUUUGAUGCCUCUCGGGAAAAGUUACAGAAGUUGGGAGAAGGGGAAGGGAGUAUGACCAAAGAAGAAUUCAACAAGAUGAAGCAGGAAUUAGAGGCUGAAUAUCUAGCAACUUUUAAGAAGACUGUAGCGAUGCAUGAAGUAUUUCUUACAAGAUUAGCACAACAUUCCGUCUUUAGAACUGAUCACAACUUUAAGGUGUUUUUGGAAUAUGAACAAGAUCUUUCUGUCAGAACUAAAAACAAGAAGGAGAAAGUAGAAGGUCUUUUUAAGAGUUUUAAUAAGUCCACAGACGAACUGUUGUUGGCAGCGACACAGAAGGACGUGGAUGACUACUUUGAAAAGGAGAAAGGCUUCCUUUUAGAAUACCACACUGCAAUCAAAGACACCACUAUCAAAGCUGAUAAGAUGACACAAGCACAUAAAAGUGUUGCAGAUUCAUAUAUCAAGCUGUCCACAGGGCUUUCACAGUUAGGAACGAUUGAAGGCCCAAGAUUAGAAAAAUUUAUCAAUAAAGUAGCUGAUACAUUUGAAAAGGCCAGAAAAGUGGAAGGACGAGUGUCUUCGGAUGAAGAUCUGAAAUUAUCAGAUACUCUGAGAUACUAUGUGAGAGAUGGGAGCGCAGCGAAAGAUCUUUUAUAUCGCCGACUUCGAUGCCUAGCCAAUUAUGAGCAAGCCAACAAAAAUCUAGACAGAGCACGAGCAAAGAACAAAGAUGUUCAUGCACCUGUGGACGUUGCUGAUGCGGAAUUAGCGCAGCAGAAUGCCUGUGAAAAGUUUGAACUCAUCACCAACAAAGCCAAAGAAGAACUUGUUGACUUUAAGGGACGACGUGUAGCGGCUUUCAGGAAAAACCUGAUAGAACUAGCAGAGUUGGAAUUAAAACAUGCAAAGGCACAAGCCCAAUUACUGAAAAACUGUUUACAAGCUCUACAGGAAGAGUGACAUCAAUAUAUAAUUUCUUUAGUGCAAGAGAAUUUUAAUCAUGUCACAUGCGGACUAAGACUUGGACUGUUGUUGGUUGUCAUAGGCUUAUGAUCUAAACAUGAAAUAGAGGGUAUCGUCUGAGUGUCCGUCAAUCAUCACCGCCAUCAUCAAUUCCGGUAUCACCUUCCAAGACUGUUUUGUCUUAUGAUCACAGUGCUGCAUGAACGUCACAGGCUGUUUUAAAAGUCAACAUAUCUAGCAAGUGUCGUGUGCUUGUAUGUUAUACGAAGCAAAGCUUAAUCAUAGAAAUAGAACCUAAAUUGAUGGAGUUCCAGUGAAAUAUCAGGAAGUUCUUCAGUUUUUUGUUUCAUCAUCGUUUCUUUUCAUGUAUGCUAAAGUUGAGAGGAAAAUUGCAACCAGGGUAAUGUCAGAAGAGGUUUGUCUUGUAACUGGCACCAAAGAGAAAAAAAAGAUCCAGUGUUGCUUAUGUGAAGUUUGAUGCUUCUCCACCCAUUUAGAUAUUUUUUUAUCUUUUUUGUUUCUUUCAGAAUGAGGGUACUAUAGAACAUUUCAACUGUGAUUUCAAUGUUGUGAUGACAAAGUUAGGAAUACAAAUAUACUUGCUUCUGAGAAAAUGGAAAACUUUAAUGAUAUUACAAUUAUCUUUUAAAUGCCUAAUUGUUGGUUGAAAAGCAGCGUCUCCUGUUUUGUAAUGCAGAUGAGGUUGGAAAUAAAUAGCAAGCAAAGCAAAUCAAGUUAUAAAUAUAUAUAUAUAUGUAUAUUAAAUAUAUCUUUAUAUGAAUAUAGUUAUGAAAGCACUGGUUUUCAUUUUUGGAUUAUCAAGAGGGUAUACUGUUCUGCAAGUUCAUCCUACCUUUUCAUCAGACUCGAGCCGCAUAUAGUGCUUCUAGUCGGGUCAGUUCCAUGUAGCUUUUCACUUUAUAACACGUGACUUCUGUGAUGGAAAUUUCUGCUGGAAGUGUACGUAACAUUUCGAGAUAGGACUCGACUUCGUCAUUUAUUUUCCUAUGGUGUUUCCCCCACAAGAUCUUGUACAUCUGAUGUGUAUAUAUGAAUAUGUGAUAUGGUAUUUAACUUUGAAAAUAUGUACAAUUUUACAUAACUAUUGUACUAUAUGAUCCUUGCAAGUCCCAGAGAAUAUGUCUGAAUUAGGCAUAUGUUUUGUAAAGUGUUGGGGGACCUGUUCUCUCUCUCAUCCUCUACAGAGCGUCUCUCGAGGGGUUAACUUAACAUCUCCUAAUUCACAUCAUAUUUUUUAUAUUAAAUUAAAUUUUCAUAUUAGGUUUUUCUAGAAGAUCAUUUUUGCUCAAGUGACUAGAUUUUACGAUAUGCAAUUCAUUUCCAUUGUUUUCUAUAGGUUCUGUGGGAAAUUUCCCUGUUUUGUCCCAGAAUUCUGAGCAGGAUUAGUUCAACAGUGAGGAUUUUUGGAUAAGUUCCCUUUUAUCUUAAGUCUGAAGAUUGACCAAUGUAUUGAGCUUGAUGGAAUGAAAGCAUUCAAGCCUAUCUUUUGUAGCUUUUACAGGACAUGAUGUAUUUUUUAAUUAUCACCACUGAUUAUUAUUUUUGUUGUGCCUCUAUAGGUUUGUUUAUAUGGCCAGAUUAUAUGUUGUUAGAAACUGAUUGAAAAUAAAUUUGAAAGAGCAGUAUUUAUUGAUAUAAAUAUUCUGUAUGUUUGCCCAACUUUGUUAAGAUUUUUGAUAUACAUAAAACUGAUGGAUUUAAGGUAUUUCAAGAUGAAUUAUCAUGGGUAUUCUUUAA